GUUAUGCAGGAAUAGGAUCAGUAUCCGAGGGGCUGUUGGAAGAGAGUUGCAAUGGCCGCUUCGGAGGAGAAUAAUGCAUUGUUUCCUAUUUUUAUCUUGACCAUUAUGGCACUGGCUUUAGUGCCCUACACGAUUAUAAAGCUGUGUAGUGCUGCCUCAAAGGAAACAAAGAGCAUCCACUGCAAGUGCAGUGACUGCUCUCGUUCGGGGAAGUACCGUAGGUCGUUGUUCAAGCGUAUUUCAAACUUCUCAACAUGCAGUAACUUGACAUUAGUACUGCUUUGGGUCGUCAUGAUAGUCCUGGUUUAUUACAUCAAGACUCAGAGCGUGGAGAAUCAAAUUUUUGACCCAUACCAUAUCCUCGGUCUGGAACCUGGAGUUCCAGAGUCUGAAAUAAAGAAGGCGUACAGGAAGCUUUCAGUGAUAUACCAUCCAGAUAAAAAUCCAGAUAAAGAGGCCAACGAGUACUUUGUGGAGAAAAUAGUGAAGGCUUAUCAGGCUUUGACAGAUCCGGUAUCUCGUGAAAAUUAUGAAAAGUAUGGCCAUCCAGAUGGCAGACAGGGGUUUCAAAUGGGAAUAGCUCUUCCCCAAUUCCUACUAGAAGGCAAGCAAAAUGGUGGCUUACUCUUGCUCGGGAUUGUUGGUGUUUGCAUUCUUUUGCCCUUGGUAAUAGCUGUUGUCUAUCUCUCAAAGUCGGCAAAAUAUACUGGCAACUAUGUCAUGCACCAUACAUUGUCCACUUACUAUUACUUUAUGAAGCCUUCUCUGGCUCCCAGCAAAGUGAUGGACGUCUUCAUAAAGGCUGCAGAGUAUACUGAAGUUCCAAUUCGUAGAACAGACAACGAACCCCUCCAGAAGCUUUUUAUGCUAGUUAGGAGUGAACUAAAUCUGGACCUCAAAAACAUUAAGCAAGAGCAGGCAAAAUUUUGGAAGCAGCAUCCAGCACUUGUAAAGACUGAACUGUUGAUUCAAGCACAGUUAACUCGUGAGACAGCAUCAUUAUCUCCAUACCUGCAAGGUGAUUUUAAACAUGUUCUGGAACUUGCUCCUCGCCUCCUUGAAGAAUUGAUGAAGAUGGCACUGGUUCCACGCAAUGCUCAGGGGCAGGGAUGGUUGAGGCCUGCUAUUGGUGUGGUUGAACUUUCUCAGUGCAUAAUUCAGGCUGUUCCACUAAGUGCAAGGAAAGCUACUGGAGGAUCAAGUGAAGGCAUUGCCCCCUUUUUACAGCUGCCACAUUUUAGUGAGGCUGUUGUAAAAAAGAUAGGCCGCAAGAAGGUGAGAGUGUUUCAGGAGCUCUGCGAUAUGUCUAUGCAAGAGCGUGCUGAGUUGCUUUCUCAAGUUGCUGGUUUCUCGCCCGCUGAAGUAGAAGAUGUUGAAAUGGUUUUAGCAGCAAUGCCUUCCAUAUCACUUGACAUUAAAUGUGAGACUGAAGGUGAAGAGGGUAUACAAGAGGGUGACAUUGUCACUGUUAAUGCUUGGGUGACACUACAACGCGAUAAUGGUUUGAUUGGUGCCCUUCCCCAUGCCCCCUACUUUCCGUUUCACAAGGAGGAAAAUUUCUGGUUUUUGCUUGCAGACAGUGUUUCCAAUAAUGUUUGGUUCUGGCAGAAGGUAAAUUUCAUGGAGGAAGCUGCAGCAAUUACUGCCGCUUCCAAGACAAUUGAGGAGACAAUGGAGGGUUCAGGAGCAAACAUGAAGGAGAUCAGUGCCGCUGUCAAAGAAACCAUUGACAAGGUGAAGAGUGGAUCUAGAUUGGUAACUGGCAAGUUACCUGCCCCAGCAGAGGGGAACUACAAUUUGACGUGUUACUGUCUGUGCGACUCUUGGCUUGGUUGUGAUAGAAGGACAAAUUUGAAGGUAAAGAUUUUGAAGCGUACCCGAGCUGGUACACGUGGCGGUUUUGCGGAAGAUGGACCAAUUACAGAGGACGGGAUUGAAGAGGAGGAAGAUGUUGAUGACGAGGAAUACGACGAGGAUUAUGAGAGUGAGUACAGUGAAGAUGAGGCGGAUGAACAACAGGAUACAAAACAGAAAGGCCCUGCUGCAAAUGGCGAUGCACACAAAGAAGGCACAGAUUCAGAAGGUUCAGAUUCAGAGGAGGAAUAAAACACAUUGAGUAAAGCUUAGCCUUUCUGUUUUCUUUGUUCAUCCAUCUUUUAUUCGGUGAAAGAAUUAAACAACCACCACAAUGAUAGUUACCAUGUUACCAUAAGUUUACAUUCUUGAUUU